GUAGAGUUACCCAAACGGUGGCAUACUGUCCGAUUGAAGCCCAGCGCUCUUGUUGCCCGUCCUCUUUUCCCCCCCGCUGAUUACUUGCGGUUGACCUCGUGGUGGGACUUACACAGACUAUCCAUCUCCUCAGGCAGUCUGUUGGUUUUCUUCUUCCUCUCAACUUUUCUUGUCGCCCUGUCUUAAACCUCCCCCGCUCAUCACCAUGCCUACCAUCUCCGUCGACAAGGAGGCGCUUUUCGAGGCGCUCGGUCGGGAUUAUACCACCGAGGAGUUCGACGAGCUGUGCUUCGAAUUCGGAAUUGAACUCGAUGAAGACACCACCAACUCGGACAGACCGAUUGUGAACGGCAAGCAAGAACCCCCGCAGCUCAAGAUCGAGAUCCCCGCCAACCGAUAUGACCUGCUGUGCUUCGAGGGUAUCGCCCUCAUGCUCAACAUUUUCCUGGGCCGUCAGCCUCUCCCCAACUACAAGCUGGUCGAGCCUGCCAAUGGUGAACUUCAGACCAUCAUCGUCAAGGAGGACACUAUGAAGAUCCGCCCCCUCGUCUCCGGUGCCAUUCUCCGCAAUAUCAAGUUCGACCAAGCGCGUUACGAAUCCUUCAUUGCCCUGCAAGACAAGCUCCACCAGAACCUCGCCAGGCAAAGAACCCUCGUUUCCAUCGGUACCCACGAUCUGGACACCAUCCAGGGCCCUUUCACAUACGAGGCCCUUCCCCCGAAGGACAUUAAGUUUGUCCCUCUCAACCAGACGAAAGAAAUGAACGGCGAGGAGUUGAUGGCUUUCUACGAGAAAGACAAGCACCUGGGCAAGUACCUCCACAUCAUCCGCGACUCCCCCGUUUACCCCGUGAUCUACGACUCCAAGAGAACCGUCUGCUCUCUUCCUCCUAUCAUCAACGGCGAUCACUCCAAGAUCACCCUGGACACCAAGAACGUCUUCAUCGAGAUCACUGCACUUGACAAGACGAAGGUUGAGAUUGUUAACCGGAUCAUUGUGUCCAUGUUCUCUCAAUACACCUCCGAGCCUUUCACGAUUGAGCCUGUUAAGGUGAUCUCCGAUCACAACAACGAGACUAGAGUCGUCCCCGACAUUGCGCCCCGUACGACUCAGGCCGAGGUCUCCUACCUCAACCAGUGCUGCGGCCUGGAGCUCUCCCCCGAAGAGAUCUGCACUCUCCUGAAGAAGAUGGCUUACGAUGCGAAGCCCUCUACCGCUUCCAAGGAUCUGAUUGAUGUGUUUAUCCCUCCGACGAGAGCCGACGUUCUCCACCAAGCCGACAUCAUGGAGGAUGUCGCCAUCGCUUAUGGCUUCAACAACCUUCCCCGGUCUUUCCCCAGCAAGUCCGGUACCAUUGCUCAACCCCUCCCCAUCAACAAGCUUACCGAUAUUGUGCGCAUGGAGGCCGCCAUGGCCGGCUGGUCUGAGGUGCUGCCCCUGAUCCUGUGCUCGCACGACGAGAACUUCGCUUGGCUCAACCGCAAGGACGACGGAAACACCGCCGUCAAGCUGGCCAACCCCAAGACCACUGAGUUCCAGGUUGUCCGCACAAGCCUGCUGCCCGGUCUGCUCAAGACCAUCCGUGAGAACAAGCAUCACGCCGUGCCCAUGAAGGUCUUCGAAGUCAGCGAUGUUGCUUUCAAGGACCUGUCUCUGGAGCGUAAGAGUCGUAACGAGAGGCACUUCGCUGCUGCCUGGUACGGCAAGACGAGUGGUUUCGAGGUUGUCCACGGUCUCCUGGACCGUGUCAUGGCCAUGCUCAAGAGCGCUUUCAUCACUGGCGAGGAGGGCCUUGAGAACCCCGCCAUGGCUGACUCUCAGUACUGGAUUGAGGAGCUUGACGAACCCACCUACUUCCCCGGGCACGCCGCCUCCGUCCACGUGCGCAUAGCUGGCAAGGAGCACGUCAUCGGUGCCUUCGGUAUCCUGCACCCGACGGUGUUGGAGAACUACGAGUUGAAGUACCCCGUCAGCACUCUGGAGAUCAACGUCGAAGCUUUCCUGUAAGCGACAGCGUGAGGUCAGAGCAAAGUCAUGCGUAGACGAUAGAUGUUACAUAGAAAAAUAGCUGAUGCCAUGAUUGAUUUAUCUCAUUGUUACUUCUUGAUGUCAUCGUCACCAGAAACGAGAACUGUCAG